GCCCCGAUAGGUGCCCCUCAUUAUGCCUGUUCAAAAUUAAAGUUCCUUCUCUGUUGUGGGAGCACCCCGUCUUCAUUCUGUCGCCAGUUUUUUGUUGUUUUAUACGGAAUAUAUUGGGUUUACAAAUAAAGACAUCAAAUGUGAAGAUGAGUGUGGAAGUGGAAAGAAAAUUUUUAUGCAGUGAAGACACCUUAAAAAUACUUCAGAAGAUUGGAGAUUGUCUUGGCCAGCGUCAGUUUCAUGACCAAUAUUUUGACUCUCCUGGGUUUGAGCUCACUUUGAGAGACUUCUGGCUGCGCAAACGGAAAGGAUGCUGGGAGUUGAAGUGCCCGGUCUCAACAGUCAACAGGACAGGAGAGCUGAAGGAAGAGCAAUCUCUGGCUGCAAAGCUGUGUACUCAUUACAAGGAGAUAACUAAUCUGCCUGAAAUUCAGCAGAGAGUGAAGGAGGUCAUAGAAGGCCCAUGUGGAGACCCAGACACAGAGACCACCCCCUCGCAGGAAGAUGAGCUGUGGCUGAGCAAACUCAAUCUGGUGUGCUUUGCAGAGUUUACAACAGUGCGCCGGUCAUUCACUUUAGAGGAGGGGGUGCAGAUAGAUCUGGACCAGGCUGACUUUGGUUAUCACGUGGGAGAGAUAGAGGUCCUCAUACCAGAGGGAGGAGAUGUGCAUUCUGCUCAAGAGAAGAUCAGAGAUGCCGCUCAAAAACUGGGUGAGCUCAAAGCCUGUAAAUGGACCCUGACUGCGGUUAUCUGUGAUAUGAUGUUCUCCAAACUAGUGACUUUUUUCUUCUUUUUUUUUGCAGGCCUUAGUGGAGAUGAGCGAGUGGAAGGGAAAAUGAAUGUUUAUCUUAAAAGAUAUCAUCCAGAGCACUACGCAAAGCUACUGAGUGCACAUGUUUUGUAGAACAUUAUGCACUAAAUAAUUAUUAGCUAUCAUUAAAACUGUAAAAUUCAUGUUUUAUUAAUGAAACAACCUACAAUAAUUGUAUCAAAAAGAUGUUGCUUUAGCUGGAAAGAAUGUGUUAAUCUGAUAUAAUGAUAGCUCAGGAAAUAGAGCUUAUUUAUUAUCACCGUUUAGCUCUUUGUUUCUCUUACUUUGCACUACUGGGUAGUCACUUUAAGAUGGAAACAAUAUAUUUGAAAUAUUCUAAUAAACUAUUUAAAAAUGUCA